GGACCCCUUGUGUUGGGCUCGCAUACGGCCACCGCAUGGCUGUGGUUCACAUUAGCCACACUCUCCACACUGAACGCCCACUCGGGAUUUCACUUCCCAUUCUUCCCAUCACCCGAAGCCCAUGAUUACCAUCACCUCAAAUUUAAUCAAAACUUCGGAGUGUUGGGCGUUUUGGACAGACUUCACGGCACGGACUCGCAGUUUAGGAAAACCAAAGCUUACGAGAGGCAUAUAAUGCUCCUGAGUUUGGUGCCCAUCAAAGAGCUAUACCCGGAUGAGACCAAAAAGUCGACCACUAGUGAGGGCUCGUGCAGUACUUCCAAAGAGGAAUAGUUAGCACACCAUUCAAACGGCAUUUACUUUUCUGUGCUCCGAUUUUUUGUAUUGAAAGCAAACAUACUUUGAAAUUACCA